AUGGACUCAAAGUACCACGUAGUCUGCGCUCCCACGCGACUCACGUUGACUAGCACAGCAGGUCCGCGUGGCUCAGAAUGGCGACGCGGGGUAUCUAGCUUCACGUCGCGGGUGUUCCGCCUUAAAUGGUCCCGGCAGUCAGAGGAUAGUAACCAUUUGCUUCGCAAUAAGAAGGUUAGCCCUCCGCCGUCACCAGUCUCCGAAAAAACUUCUAAGUGGGCCCGCACCUCCCCUACCCGCCUACGCCGUUUCUCCCGCCUUGCCGUCCUCGCCGUCGCUUUUCUCCUCGCUCUUUUUGCAGUCAUCGAUCUGACAAGAUUAGCCCUAACAGACGGCCCUGAUGAAGAGGGUUUUUUCUCCUCGCACGCUACCAGCCGAUGGAGUCCCCAAUUCAGAUCGCGCUGCUCGAAGCGCUGCUCGCGCCGCGGCACGUGCAACGAGGAGCUCGGUCGCUGCGACUGCCCUGCGGGGUUCACGGGCGGCGCGUGCGAGGCCGAUGCCUUCCCCUCCUGUGAGCUUGCGCCGGGCUUCCGCACGCCGUGCGCGUUCCCCUCCACCUGCGAAUGCGCGCGCGAGUGCCGCGCGUUUCAUCUCAUCGGCCCCGGCGCGGUUUGUUUCAACUCCUCCCCCAACGCCUCCGCCAUUCCGCCACGCUCGCUGGCGGACAUCUUACGCGCGGAGGUCACGACAGUGGGCGCAACGGAAGGGGGGGAUGAGGCAGAGUGGGGGACCCUGGGAAUAGCGGAGGGGGGAGCGCAGACUGGCUCGGGGAACGGCGCAGUUGCAUCCGCGGUAGUGGCUGGGGGGGCAUCCACCGGUCCACGCGGGCCAAGCAGAUUUCACAGCAACGAUCUCCCCGCGUUGCGCAAGAGCUCGCGGAGAUGGGACGGAGGGCGCAAUGCGCGAUGGAGAGGGGCGGGCGCAAGAGACAUGCCGUCAGGGGGCGCUCGGAAUGACUGGGGAAGUGCGGCUGGCGUGGGGGCAGCUGGCUUAGGGGGAAGAGAACAGUCAUCGCGCGGGCGGGUGGCGGGCGGAGCGCAGAAGCAGAUGUGGGCGCGGUACACGUGGCAGUUGCGGAAGCGAUACACGGACCCACGGGAGUGCCCCCUGGGGUGCUCUGGUCGCGGGCUGUGCCGUGACGCGUCCAAGACGUGCGAGUGCGUGCCCAUCGUCCCGCCAUUUCCUAUCAUCCCCAAGCUGAUGAUCGCUCUGCCCUCUAAUUCAAGUAGAAUGCAAGUUUCAAGCAUUCGCGCCCUUCACUCUGUUCCGUUUGUCGCUCCCCUCUCUUCACCUCUCCCCGCUCUCCUGCUCUCCCGCCUUCCCGCUACUCCCCUCCCCCCUCCCUUCUCCACCAGCUGCGCGUGGCGCUACGCGGGGCCGGGGUGCGAGGAGGAGCUCGCGGGGGGCGUGCGGUGCGUGAACGAGUGCAGUGGGCGCGGCAGGUGCGACGGUGGCACGUGCGCGUGCCAGCGUGGCAGCUUCGGCAUUGACUGCUCGCUGGCUUUGGAUCCCAGCACGGGAAACAUAAGCAUCCUCCCAAUCCCCACCUUCAGAUGGCCGCCCCAGUCCCCGCCCUUCCGGGCGGCGCUACAAGACAAGAAUCCCCGCCCACGGGUGUACGUGUACGAGCUCCCCCCAGAGCUGAACACGUGGCAGUGGGAGCAGUCGGGCGCACUGGACCGCCCCGAGGGGGUGGUGUUCCUGGAGAGGCUGCUGGCGGAUGGCAGACGCACAGCGGAUGGCGAGCAGGCAGACUACUUUUAUGUGCCGCUGGUAACCAGGAAUCGCGGGCAAAUGAGCGUGAGCAUGGGGGGCAUGGGGGCAAGCAUGGGGAUGGGCGCAUAUGGUAGCACAGCAAUGGCGGGGUGGGACGCCAUUGACGCUGCAGUGGCAUACAUCAGCCACCACUGGCCCUUCUGGAACAGGACAAACGGCGCCGACCACGUCUUCCUGCUCAACGGCGACUGGGGGGCGUGUGAGAUGCGGCCAAGGGGGUGGGGUGGCGGAGGAGCAGCGGAAGGUGAGGGGGAAGGGAUGGUUCUGCAGAGGCAUCCGAGGCUGGAGCGAGCUGUGGUGCUGACGCCCUGGGGGUAUGGGGGAGGGACGGGAGGGGCGGGAGGUGCGGAUGACAGGAUAGGCGGGGCAAGGGUGGGGAAAUGGGCGCAGAUACAUCAGGGGGAGCAGCAGGGGCGCGGAGGGCAGUGCUUUAUUCCCGGACAAGACGUGGUGAUCCCCCCGCUGCUGCCCCCCUCCGUGGUGCUCGCCUCUCCCUUUGUGCGCGAGCCCCUUGAAGGCACCCCCGACCGCAACACUCUGCUUCUCUUUGUUGUUCGGGGGACGAGGGGAAGCGGAGGGGCAGGGGCAGUGGCAGGGGCGGGGGCAGGGGGGAGGAUGGGCAAAGCAGGAAAAGCAGAGGGGGUGUGGAGUCCGGGGGCCGGGGUGGGUAUAAGAGCUGGGGAAGCGAUGGGAGGAGGCGAGUGGGUGGGGAGGCCUGGAGGCGACUGGAGCGCGGUGCACAGGGACCCACGUGCUGCUUCGUUGUCGGCCUCGAGUCUUGUAUCGAAUGAGCCUGAAUCGAGUAUAGGUGUGCGGUUUGUGCAGCUCUUCUCCCACCGGCAGCAGCAGGUGGGGUUCCGGAUCAUGCACGUGGGCGCACAGCGCACGGGGGCAGCACAAGAGGAGCAAGACAGGAACUGGGACGAGGCAGGGGAGGCAGGGAUGGAAGGGGUGGAAGGGGAGGAAGCGGAGGGAGAGGAGGAGAGAGAGGAGGGCACGGUGACAGACGCCAUGCUGCGGGCGCAGUUCUGCUUUGCACCCAUGCCCGCCACGGGCUACAGUGACACGGUGGUGCGGGCAGUGCUCCUCGGGUGCAUCCCUGUGGUCGUCCAGCCCCACAGCCAGCAGCCCCUGGCCAGCACUGAGUUCCUCCCCGGCUAUGACACCCAUGCCAGCGCCAGCGCACGCACAGGCACAGCAGGAGCCAUCCACUGGCCGUCCCUGGCGCUCUUCCUGUCUCCCCAGCAGCUGCCAGAGCUCCCGGAGAUACUGCGAGGCAUCACUCCAGAAGAGGUGGCUGGGCGCCGCACUGCCAUGAAGGCCGCCUGGCCGCGCCUGCUCUGGGCCUCGCCGCUCUACAGCCCCCUCUCUCCCUCCCCCUCCUCCUUUUCUUCUUCUUCCUCCUCUUCUUCCUCCUUCGCCUCCUCAGCCUCCUCCUCCCCCCCCACGCCCUCCAGUCUGCUGUAUCUGCAGAAGAAGCUGCGCCCGCUGCUCGCCUCCUCGGAUGCUUUUUCUUCCGUCAUGGCUGCUCUCGGGCGGCGGGCUCGGGCAGCUGAAGUUUCGGCUGGUCAGGGGAUGGUGACGCUGCCAGCGGCAGUUGGGCAGGUUGUACCUGGCAAGCACUGCCACGUGUUGGCCAUGCCCAGCUGCCAGCUGGCGCCGGACGUGUGGACGCCGUGCCACGUGGCGACAUCGUGUGCGUGCGUGAGGGAGUGCGAUCGGUACCGACUGGAGCAUCUACCAGAGUGCUUUGAUGAGAGCGGGGCGCUCAUGGGGGGGAAUGAUACCGCUGCUGCUGCUGCUGGUAGUGGUGCUGGUGCCAGUGGUGGUGGUGGUGGAGUCAACAGCAGCAGAGCGGGCAAUUCCUCUUCCUUUUUGACUGCUGUGGUGGCUCGUGGUGGAGGGGUGAGAGACGCCCUGAUUGGCUGGAUCAAGGGCAGCAACAGCACAAAAGAGGUGGGAGCCGGGCAAGUAGGGGUGGCAGGAAAGGAGGCGGGAGGGGAGGGGGAGGAGGGGGAGGAGGGGGAGGAGGGGGAGGAGGGGGAGGAGGGGCAGGAAGGGGACGACGAGCCCAAGGUCAAGGAAGAAGAGGCAUGGGGUGACUUUCCUGGAAGGCGCGGGCCGUGGGUGGACGUGGCGAGGCUGUAUGAACAGAGGCAGGUGGCGCUGGUGCUGGAUGGGCGGGGGAAUGAGGUGGGGCCUGGGGAGACAGUGCGCGGAGGGGGCGGGGGGGAUGCGGAGGGAAGGGAGGACGGAGGGGGGUUUGGGGCGCCGCACGAGUGCCCGUAUAACUGCUCGGGCGUUGGCGUGUGUGACAGAAGCAGCCUCACGUGCAUCUGCCCCGCGCUCUACUCAGGUGCUGGCUGUGAGCAGCCUGGCUGGCUGCCGUUUGACUGCUUCGGGGUCUGUGGCGCUCACAGCUUGGGGGGAGAGGGGGAGGGGGAGGAGGGUGGAGAAUAUGCAGGGGACGGGGAGGGGGAGCAACGUGGGGAGAGAGGAGCGGGCGGCGAGUGUGUGGAGGGGGUGUGCAAGUGUGCGAGGGGCACGUUUGGCAUUGACUGUGCGCUUUCCCUCGAUGCCCACGGCGCCACCACUCUGCACCGCCGCAGACCCUUCCUCUGGACCGACGCCAUCCCGCCGCCCUCCCCUGCGCUCGUCUCCGCUGCCCGGCCGAAAAUAUUUGUGUACGAGCUGCCCGGGUACCUGAACACGUGGCAGGGCGUGCUGGGGGCGGGGAGGGGGCGGUGGGAGGGGUACGUGUUUCUGGACGCGCUGCUGACGUCAGCAUGGCGCACUGCUGAUCCCGAUGAGGCUGACCUGUUCUACGUGCCCCUGCUGCUGAGGCACCGAGGCAUAGCAAAGCAGAGUGUGCUGUCGUGGGCCAUCGAGCACAUAAGGGACGCGUGGCCCUACUGGGACCGCCAUGCUGGCGCCAACCACGUCUUCCUUGCCAAUGAUGACUGGGCGGCAUGUGAGGUCGGCGAGGCCGGGCGGCGAGACCCGAUGCUGGCGCGCAGCACAGUGCUGUCGCUGUGGGGGUACUCAGGGAACAUGCCGUUUGAUGCCGCCCUGCCUGGCUGCUUCAUUCCCGGGCAGGAUGUUGUUAUCCCGCCCGUUUUGCUGCCCGAGGUGUAUGAGGCGGCCAUGGGCGUUCAAGGAGAAAACGGGCAGACUGGUGGCCGGGAUAUUUUCUUCUUCUUCUGCGGGUUUGAUGGGCAGGACGUGGAACCACUGUUGGGCUUUAACUACUCGUUUGGGGUGCGGCAGGCCCUGUUUGACUGGUUUGACUCGCUUGACUCUGCUGCUGCUGUGCCCAAGGGGUUUGUCAUAGAGCGCACACCGGGGGAGGGGGAUUUUGGGGAGGGGCAAGGAGGAGUGGGAGGGGAGACUGGGGGAAGGGGAGGGUACUUGGAGCGGAUGGCUCGGUCGGUGUUCUGUCUGGUGGCGGGGGGGUGGGGUGCUGAUGAGACGGCCACUCAGGCGGUGACACUUGGAUGCAUUCCAGUGAUUAUACAACCCAAUGUGAGCAUGCCAUUUGAAGGGGAUGGAUUUUUGGACUGGGACGACUUCUCAGUGAGGCUGACUCCGGCAGACAUCCCCCACCUCCACGGCAUCCUCACCAGCAUCCCCCCACAAGAGCUCGCUCUUAAGCAAGCUGCACUGCGGCGAGUGUGGGUGCACUUUGCAUGGGCAAGUUUGCAGUAUAAUCCCUUUUAUAGAAUCCUUGAUAAGGAGCAAGGCGAGUUGGCACGUGAUGUGGCUUCAGCGGGGGCGUUUAGGAGUGUCAUGAGGGCUUUGGCGCAAAGAAAGCAGUCAGUCAAGUUAAGAUUCUCGAAUUCCUGA